CGAACCUCACUGAGCUACCCUCAUGCAUGCGAAACCCAGGUUUCGACGCCCGAUGUCCGGUUUUCUUGUCUUUUGCGGGGUUUACUGACACAAUAUAGCAAUCGUAAUCUGCUAACAACUUUUCUAUGCAAUCUUUUAUACACCGUAGCGUUAAGCUACAGCAACGCCUCGGAGCUCAGACAUCGUCACACAUUUCAAGCAGUUUAUAGCAUAUUUACCAAGGUUUCAGCAUUUAUUCCUCAUUCACCACUAAAACAGGUGAAAUGGUUAUUUGUGCCUAUGUAAACUAAAUAUUUUGACACGGAAAACCUUUUGCUUCCCAUAGUCAUGAUGUAGUCAAAUGUAACAGUAAUUUUCAUAGAAAAGAGUUGUCGGCAAGUGCUUGCUUUCACCAUAAAUUACAUAACUUGUGUUCAAAUCAACUGUGGAUUUCAUUCAGGAAUAGUUAGUUGUCUACGACUGAUCGGUCGGUGAAAGUUGCCUAACACUAUAGUGGAGUGAAGCAGUCUCUCGUAUGGGUUUUUGCCUUUGUCCCCACCGUUAAGUUCGUUCCAUUGCCCCUAUUAACAAUGAAGUCUUUGAUCGAGUAAACUGCUUGCUUAAGAUGUAGGCCUGCACACUAUUUUAUUCCAGUCUUGCUCAUUCAGAACUUUUUCCUCUCUUACUUUUUAGCAGUGUGUGACAGUAGGCUAUCUCUCGGAGGUCCGUACAGUACUUUCGAAAACUUAACGUCAUGCCUUUACUCGAUAUGAAACUUAUGUGAAGGGGUGAUUCUAGAUUAAAGUAAAUGUGACCCUAUUUUGUUAUGAAAGAGUUUUAAAAAUCGUUUCGUUAAGUUAAAAUGCGAGUGAAAUAUCUCACUGAAACUCGAGAAACUCAUUGCUUGCCAGAGAGUGACACACAGUGUCCCUCGCUACAUCAUCUGUUAAAAUAUUUUCAGAGUGUUGGAAAGCAUACUAUUAUUUCUGUAGUUGUGAAAUUUCCAGAAUUUAUUUCUUAACGGUUUAUUUCUUGCCUUCCUUGUCUGGAAGAUCGUCUUGCAAAACUCAUAACUUGCAAAAUAUUUCUAGGCAGUUGCCUCCUAUACACACGCACACACACCAACACACACUCCGAGAGAGGGGAAAUAGGGAGGCAUACUUAUGGGUGUAUAUAUAGAUAUAUAGGUAUAAUUUUGUAUGUAUAAGCUUCAAUAUAUUUAAUCAAAAAGAUUUCUUUAAAAUUGGACGUGUCUUCCUUAAUGUUGAAAGUUGAAAGGUGUAAAUUGUAUUGAUGUAAAUUAUACUUUUCAAGCUAAUAACGAACGUAACUAGGCCUGACGUACAGAAUGUCGCAAGAACACAGCAGAAGAGAAUUUAAAACAAGCUACAAACUUCUCUCUUCAGUUCAUCAAGUAGUCAAACAUGUAGGCUACCUUUGAAAAACCUUCAGACGAUCAUUUCAACUUGCUGUGAAUACGUCAGCGUUGCCCUCAAACUUCAAGUGUAUCUGAGUCAUAGGUUUGUUUACAGUUAAAGGUCGUUAUUUGUCGCUACAUAACGUUUUGUCUUUCAAAAUAGCCUGUGUUGUACAUAAAAAAAGUAAUUUUUUCAUACACUGUAAGUCUCACCUACCCCUUCAAUAUAAACAACACUUGCUCGUUAUCAACUUUAUCUGAGGGGUUAUAGUAAGGAGACAUUAGCGUGUUUAAACGUAGUUUUUGAAUUGCAAUAAUAUAAUUUGAAAAUGUCGGUGGAGUAUGCAAUUAUUAAUUGGUUAUUAUCAUCUGAGCCUCAAGCUUGGGACACGACCAUCUUUGAAAGUGUCGUUUUUUGACGUCCUUAAACUAUUGAAAACGAACACGUUUGUAUUGUACAAUUUAUUUUACUGUACAAUCAUCCUCCCCAUCUUAAAUUGCAUUAUAAAUAUGUUUCAAGUUGUAAAUGCAGCAUAACACAAGUGGGGUAUAUUUAAGGCAUUUAUUUAGUCCAUCAUAAUAGAUUACAAUUUCAUCAUUCUGUGCAAUGUCAGUACUGGUAUACUGGAACUUAAGACAUUUAAUUUCACGGCAAUUUCUGGAAGAUUAUGCUUUCUGACAUAUGUUGGUUUGUGACAUUCGUCAAGUUGAAACCGAGUCGCAACAUGUUUGUUUAAAGCACAAUGUUACACAGACAUGCAUGUGCGCUCUGAUACAUCGUAGCUUCCAUAGUUUUUAAAAUUCAGGGUGGUUUGUUUGUGUGUUUUAGCGACUUUUUACGCUGUGACAACAACGCUUCCACAAAACAUUUUAAAUUGACAAACGUGUGCAUAGUGACUAUGUAGCAGUUUGCACCAAAUUGCCUCUCCCCUUGACCUCGCCAAAUAUAUGCCUCAAAUUUAAUAAAGACGUGGAGGGCAGUGUUCGUCAUCGCUGACAGCAAACUGAAGGCCAUAGUUUCGACAGCAAUGGCCAGAUAGUCUUCUGUCAAGUAGGCUUUGCAAACACCACACAGUACUCUUUCACUCCCUGCACAAACAUGUAAUGUCUGAGAUGAAAUUAAAGCAAAAUAGAAUUUAAAGUAAAAAAGGUAGGCCCAUGUGAACCAACACACUGGACAUUUUCAUGUGGAAAACCCCCCAUGAGUAUUCAUGUAGGGCUAAAUUAAAUUGGAUAGGUGUACAUUUGUCAUAGGUUUUCAGGCCUGUUGGGAACAUGGGGGGGGACCCCAGCGAGGAGGAAGUGAGGCCGUCCCCUAACCCCUCACCAAGAGGGUGCGAUGUUGAGCUGUUUUAACCUUUGCCAGCCUCCCUCUGUGAGGAGGUGAUAGGAGUUCAGGGCCCAGUGCACUCUCCUCUACCUUGUCAUUGACCCCUCCGUUCGGCGCCACAGGCAGCCUAGCAGGAACCCCUUGCUUUAUUUGCAGGAGGAAGGGGGAGGGGGUUAUCAAUGUGGCCGCCAUCCCCUUUCACCUCUCUAGAGUGGCUCCCCUAGAGAGAGAUUGGCAGGGCGGUCCCCCUCACACUGUUGUACCCCGCAAACAACAGGGAUUCAGUUACUUGUCAUUUUGCCAAUGUUUAUAUAGUGGAUGUCUAGAUGUAGCCUGAAGGACUUUGCUUCUUUCCGGGUUUCUCUUGUUUUUUUUGUUGUUUUUUCCCCCUCUUCUCCAACCCCUCCUUUAAGCACUAUGCAUGUCACUGAAGCAGGCAUGCAGAGAGCCUGUCCUGCCUCGGAAGGUUGCUCUAAGCGGAACCCCAUCUAGUGUUGAGAGCGGAGGGUUCCUCUGUCUUUAGUCUGUUGGGAGAGUGUGAGGGCUGAGGAACUCGACCUCCCUUUCUGAAGUGACUGGUCUCUCGGAGCCUUGCAAGCAAGCGGCCCUGCCGAGCAAAAAGCGACGCAGAGGCCUCCUUGGAAGACACCCCCUGCAAGGAAACGGAUGCCCACGUCUGUGGCAGAUGUUGUGCCGAGUUCUUUGAACUAUCUGAUCUUGAACAACACCAGAAGAAUUGCACUAAGAAUCAAUUAGUUCUGAUUGUGAAUGAGAAUCCAGCCUCUCCUUCCGGAACCUUCUCACCAGGCUCCCCCCCACAUAAUCCUGACGAGCAGAUGAAUGACACAGUUAAUAACACAGAUCAAGUAGAGGGCUGUGACCUUUUGGAGCAGAACACACCCAACAAAGAGGAAUCCAUGGAAGUGGAUGUGUCAGGAAUCACUGCUGGGGAUGACGACAGAGGAAGCCACGUCGAAGGAGGAAGCCCCAUCAACAGCAGCAGCAGCGGCAGCGGCAGCAGCAGGAGCAGCCAUGGUGGCUCAGCGGUGGGGAACCCGGCCAUCUCCACCACUCUACCUCAGCUGGGCAAACUGACCGCGCUGGGCAACAUCUCCAUGAUCAACAGCAACGUCAUCAUCGAGAACCUGCAGAGCACCAAAGUGGCCGUGGCCCAGUUUUCCCAGGAGAACCGCACCUCCGGGGGCCAGCGGGUGGCCGUGCCGGCCCUGAUGGAGCAGCUCCUGGCUCUGCAGCAGCAACAGAUCCACCAGCUGCAGCUCAUCGAGCAGAUCCGUCACCAGAUCCUGCUGCUGGCCUCCCAGUCCCCCGAGAUGCAGGUGCCUCCCACCUCCUCCCCUGCCACCUCGGGCUCCACCGCCAACCCGCUGACCACCCUCAGCUCCCACCUCUCCCAGCAGCUGGCCGCUGCUGCAGGCUUAGCUCAGAGCCUGGCAAGCCAGUCUGCCAGCAUCAGCAGCCUGAAGCAGCUGGCCAGUGCAGCGCAGCUACCGCAGAGCACCUCUGGGGCUGGCGAGUCGUCUCAGAGCAUGGGAGCAUCGGCAGUCACCGCCCAGCCUGGCGAGAAACGCCCAGCGGCCACCAGCCUCCACGCUCAGCUCAAUCCCUCUCUGGCGAAAUCAAGUGCGCCAGGCUUUGGGAUUGGUAGCUUACUAAACCCCACUACAAACCCACUUCUACCUCAUCCCCCGCCAGGCAACCCCAUGUUUUCUAGCUCCCUGCCCAGCAUUGGCAGCACCGUGGAGGACCUGAACUCGCUGGCUGUGCUGGCACAGAGGAAAGGCAAGCCUCCCAAUGUCUCGUCCUUUGAGCACAAGAGCAGCUCGGAGGAGGCAUUCUUCAAACACAAGUGCAGGUUUUGUGCCAAGGUGUUCGGGAGUGACAGUGCCUUGCAGAUCCACCUGCGAUCUCACACUGGAGAGAGGCCAUACAAGUGCAACAUCUGUGGCAACCGCUUCUCCACACGUGGCAACUUGAAGGUCCAUUUCCAGCGUCACAAAGACAAGUAUCCGCACGUUCAGAUGAACCCAUAUCCUGUCCCCGAGCAUCUGGACAAUAUUCCAACAAGCACUGGUAUUCCCUACGGCAUGUCUAUGCCUCCUGAGAAACCUGUCACCAGUUGGCUGGAUAGCAAACCUGUUCUCUCCACUCUCACUUCCUCUGUGGGCAUGUUGCUCCCACCGACAAAUCCCAGCCUGCCCCCGUUCAUCAAGAAAGAAGAGAAUCACUCUGUCGCCAUAAUGAGCCCUUUCAGUUCAGCUAAGAGCGACUCGGGCGCAGCAGAGGCCUCUACUAAAAGCAACAACGGCGGGUCGGAAGAAGGGGACAGUGCGACUCUGCCUACCUCAAAUGGAAAGAGUGAAGAGAGCAGCCAGUCGUCGAACUUGAUGAUGGGCAUCCGCUCUUCUGCAGAGAGCGCCACAGAGUACACCAUGUCCAACAGCCCUCCCAUGGCCACCAACCCGCUCAUGCCCCUCAUGUCGGAGCAGUUCAAGGCCAAGUUUCCGUUCGGCGGCCUCCUGGACCCCCUGCAAGGAUCAGAGACCUCCAAGCUGCAGCAGCUGGUGGAGAACAUCGACCGCAAGGUGACAGAUCCUAACGAGUGUGUCAUCUGCCACCGUAUUCUGAGCUGCCAGAGCGCGCUCAAAAUGCACUACCGCACCCACACCGGGGAGAGGCCCUUCAAGUGCAAAAUCUGCGGCCGGGCGUUCACCACCAAGGGGAACCUGAAGACCCACUACAGUGUCCACCGCGCCAUGCCUCCGCUCAGGGUGCAGCACUCCUGCCCCAUAUGCCAGAAGAAGUUCACCAAUGCUGUGGUUUUGCAGCAGCACAUCCGCAUGCACAUGGGCGGGCAGAUCCCCAACACCCCGAUGCCCGACAGCUACUCUGAGUCCAUGGGGUCAGACGCGGGCUCGUUUGAUGAUAGGAACUUCGAUGACCUGGAGAACAUGUCCGAUGACUACAUGGAGGGAAUGGAGGGAAUGGAGGAUGGCCUGGACUGCAACAGCAUUCCAGACACCCCGAGGUCAGCCGACAUAUCGCAGGACAGCCUGUGCAACUCGCCCAACCCACACGAGCAUGCAGAGGGCCACGAGAUGCCACAGAUGUCGCACGAGGGCCAGGACAUUGGCAGGCAGCGAGGGUCCACAGAGGACCUGCAUGUCGGCAAAAUGAAGGUCACCGAGAACGGUUUGAUGGAGGGUGAUCACCUCACCAAUGAUUCCUCGUCCCUGGGAGGCGACAUUGAGAGCCAAAGUCUGGGAAGUCCGGCCGUCUCCGAAUCUACCUCUUACAUGCAAGCGCCGUCGCCAUCCAGUGGGAUGCCCCACUUGCACCUGCGAAAAUCCCCCAGCCUGGACGAGCGUCAGCAGAGAGCCAUGUCCCUGGAGCAGAUCAGCGCGAGCCUCAUGCAAUCACACUCUGCCGGCCUCGGAGCCCUCGACCUGACGUCCAUGAACUCGUCGAAAGAUGCCCUGGGCAUGCUCUUCCCCUUCCGUGACCGGGGCGCUUCCAAGAACACCUCGUGCGACAUCUGUGGCAAGACGUUCGCCUGCCAGAGUGCCUUGGACAUUCACUACCGAAGCCAUACCAAAGAAAGACCGUUCAUUUGCACAGGCUGCAACAGGGGCUUCUCCACCAAGGGGAACCUGAAGCAACACAUGCUCACCCAUCAGAUGCGGGACCUGCCCUCUCAGCUGUUUGAGCCCUCCAACACCAGCUUGUCCACCAGCUCCAGUCCCUCGCUUCUUUCCAUCAGCUCCCUGUCCUCUAUGAUCAAGUCGGAGGUCAACAGCUUCCUGCCGAGCUUUCACCACGAAGUCAAGGACCUGCCCUCGAGCCUGGUGACCUCCUCGGCCUCCACGUCCCCGGUCCUGCCUUCCGGCCCGCCACGCAGAACACCCAAGCAGCACUACUGCAACACCUGUGGGAAGAUGUUCUCCUCUUCGAGUGCGCUGCAGAUCCACGAGAGGACUCACACUGGAGAGAAGCCUUUCGCCUGCAGCAUCUGCGGCCGUGCGUUUACCACCAAAGGAAAUCUCAAGGUCCACAUGGGCACACACAUGUGGAACAGCGCCCCCGCCAGGCGUGGACGCCGGCUGUCUGUAGACGGGCCAAUGGCAUUCCUCGGGCCCAACCCGGUCAAGUUCCCUGAUAUCUUCCAGAAAGACUUAGCCCCCCGAGCUGGCAACGGGGACCCAGCCAGCUUCUGGAACCAGUACGCUGCCGCCUUCUCCAACGGCCUGGCCAUGAAAACCAACGAGAUCUCCGUCAUCCAGAACGGCGGCCUGCCGCCCUCCCUGUCUGGAAGCGUGGGCAACGGCGGCAGCUCGCCAGUGGGAGGCCUGACCGGCAGUCUGGACAAGCUGCACAGCACCGACUCAGGUGCGGCCUUGGCCGGCCUCGAGAAGAUGGCCAACACGGAGAACGGGACUCACUUCCGCUUCACACGAUUCAUGGAAGACAACAAAGAGAUUGUCACCAACUAGAAAAUGAGACUUGUCAUGAUCCUUAUAAGUAUUCACACACAUACACACACAGAUACAUAAACACGUGUGUACAUGUACACACACACACACACACACACACACACACACACACACACACACACACACACACACACACACACACAGGAGUAUAUACAAACAUGCACAGAAGGAGAACAAAGGAAGGAGUUUAAACAACUGAUCUGGCUUGCCAUUGAAACUUUAUGAACAUGAGUGUGAAGAGAACUUGCUUUUUUGUACAAUGUACAACCUGUUAUAGUUUUAAAGGAGCUUAUUUAUUAGUGAGUAUAACCUUGCUCGGAAACCAAGUGGAAGCAUUAACAGUUAUUUAGUUUUUUCCUCUCCUCUUCGCCCGAAUGGACCUGUAUGAGUGCUUAAAAUGUGCUUUUGGAACUUAGUAUAUCUGGGUAGAAUACUUUACCUUGGCAUUAAAUUAUUUUCUAUCUGUAGUAUAUAUAACAAAAAAUGUUGAUGUUCAUGUAAUGCAUUAGAUCUUGAAUAAGCAAAACAAAAGUGGUUGUAAAUAAUGAACACUGAUCUGUGCUAGAUGGUCAACCAGCUGUGUAUUAACUUUUCCUCCAUGAAAAAAAAAUAUUUAAACUUCAGGCAAGGGACUAACAAGUAGUCCUACAACCAACUGCUCUUGGUCUUUUAUUUAAGAGAAAAAGUAACUGCAUUUCAGUCCUUCCUUUUAGAGUUAAUACAUUUUGUUCUUAAAUGUUCCCUGUAUAGUGCUUUUUAUUCUAUGUUCAGUUUUUUUUUGUUGUUCCUUUAAACCUUUUGGCUUACUGGCUGUAAACCUAAAUGCAGGACAGUUGUUAGUGAAGAGAAGAAUUCCAAGAAAGGUCUCCAUCCUGGUUUUGAACUACAGAAAAAAAUGAAAUGCCUUGUUGGUGUGAUUCUGGAUUCCAUGUUGCUGCUAUACUUAAGCAUCCCCAUUGACAUCAAAUGCAAAAUGUGUUGAUGCGCUCUGUAAAUACUAUCAGAUGUGGAACAACAAUUUCCAUCACACAACAAAUGUACAUAUGUUGCUCACAAGACAACGUCCAUCUUGGCCAGGGGACAAAUAAUAGUGUUUUUAUAAAUAUAAAUAUAUAUUAGGUUUGAAAACCAUUGGACUGUUACAUGCACUUUCUUGGAAAGUUGGAAAGAUCUUUAUGGGUCCAGUUUCUCUACACUUUAAUACCUACUAACAUCUAAGAUACUGUAAUUCUUUACUCUAAUAAUCAAAUACAUCAGUUUUCCAAAAGAACGCAAGUGUGUGGUUGUGGCAUUUCUUCCUUUUCAUAUUUAUUUAUUUAUGAUUUAUGCUACUUGAAUGGUCACAAGUUCACGUUUUCUGGUCAUUAAUAUGUCUUUUUUUAGUGUUUGCUCAAUUCAAACUACAUGGUGGCUUGUUUGGUUGCAUAACUUUAUAUGUGUAUUUCGGUGUGACACAAACGCUUGUAAGUUGAGUAUUCUUUAGGCUGCCAGCCUUUUGCAGAUAAAACUGUAUUUAAAACAG